UUACUAUCAGGCCUGUAAGGAUUAUCGUUGUAACGCUGGGAGGUGCUUGUAGGGGAAAGCCCGGCACCCCUGAUGAAUUAGUGCAGCAGCAGAGCUCAGUGGCGAGUGGGAAACAUUAUAAGUGUGAAGAAGAACCAAGGAGGACCUAAGAAGAAGAAGAAGAUGAUUCGCCGCCAUUGUGUCUGCUGCACGCGUGUCGUUGGUACGUUGAAAAGUGAAGCCUAAAUUUCUGCGUCUAUUUCACCCGCAGUAUGUCCACAAAGAAUCCGAAGAAGCACAACAGUUUCUUUUACUUCCUGAGACACAAGAAAGGGGAGGUAGAAAAGAGGAUGGGCCGAAGCAUUGACCUUAGUGAACUAGCUCAGUGUGUUUCUGCAGAAUGGGAGGCUAUGUCACAGGCUCAGAAGAUGAAGUACCAGGAGAUGGCGGCUGGGAAACGGCAAACAGCAGAGAAGCUGAACUCCCUUGGGGUACCCCUGAGAGUGAAGGAGGAUAUGGAACGGAGGAAGGCGAAGGAAAAUGAGGACAUGAUCAAGUAUAUAGAGCAUCUUGUUGGCACGUACCGAUGUCAUGUUGGAGUUGAAAGGCUCAGCUUCUACAUUAUCAGCACCAGUGUCUACACAUGCACGGAUGAGGGUGUCUUAGUGCCAGCUGAGCUGAGUGUAAUAAGAUGUAGCUUUCUGGAUGGCAUAACAAAGGAACUCCAUUCUCUCUUUAAAGCUGACAUUCCAGCUGGUUACAUGAAUGAAGCUUUAGAACAUGCUGACAUGACUCACAACUUGCUUCCUAGACAAAAUGGGCCAGUUAGGGAGGAGAGGGAAAGACUAUCCCGUACUGGCACAGAAGUGCACUCUCUCCUUCAGGAGUUCCUUACUGAGGUCAGUCACCACCAUCUGAUUGCCUACACACUGAGCAUUGAGCAGGAACAGACGGAAAAAAUCCUUCUUCAGCUAACAGGUGGUGAGCAGCUCCAAAUCUCAGGCAUGAAGCUGAAGAUAUACUCUCUAGAGGUGCUGUUCCAGUCCAUGUGCUCAUUCAUUGGAAAAGUCUCUUUACAUCAGGUCACUGGAAUGAUAACUCAGUCCUGGUACGACUACCACCCUGGAAUAGCCUGCACUGAGAGCUCUAGGACUACUUGACAGAGCCCUUUAUUGGUCCCGGUUCCCAGCAAGUCUGACAGCACAACUCUCCUCAAUAUUCUCCAGCGUCUCCACCAAGGCAAAGCCAUUCCUAGAUCUUGGACGCUCUCCAAUGCACUCCUUGGUUCACAAUCUAAAUGAAGGUGGCUCUAUGAUGCACUGCACACUGGCUCGAGUCCGACGCUGGAUGUAUUUGAUGUGUCAACACAUUGGUGUGUGCAAGAACUUUGGGGUGACACCUGUGAGGGGGAAGCAUUGCCCUCUGGAGGAGGAUGCCCAAGUGGCAGUGAUGAAUCUACCAGAGAUGAUGUUUGUGACGGACGAAGCAGUUGUGUGGAAGGAUGGCUUAGGGGCUGCAGACAUGUUACAGCAGCAGGAAGUGAGAGGCAAGAUAAUGAGGACUUCAUCCCCUCUCCUUGCUGCUAGUAGAGGUACAGUCACAAGACAGGAGGGUCUGAACUCUCCCUCGACCAUUUCUUGUGUCAGUGCGCUGCCCCAGCUAUGAAGCAAUGAGGAGUGAGUGAAGAAGCAGAGGAAGAGUAGAGGGACAGGCUUCUGGUGCCAGACACUGCAAUCAACACAAUGAUGAGAAGUGAAAGGUUACUUUUGGGAUAAUGUGCAUGAUUAUGAUAGAAAUCUGGAAAAGAAAAUUUAAUUACUCAUAACGA